UUUGGGACCGAGCCAGCGUGAAGCGGGUUAUGGCUGCUCUCUGCGCUCCGGUCCGCCCACAUUCAGGACUUUGGCUCUUGAAUCCAAUCCUCCCUCUUGGACAAGCAGGUUCAGGCCUGAAAUUCAAGUAUUUCAUGUUGACUUCUUAAGAAGUCCCGCACCUGUCCCGCUGUGAUUGGACGUCCUCAAUUCCUUGGGGAGGCGCGCAGGUCCGUCCACCUUUAUAAAGGUGAUCUGUGACGGGCUUUGCGCUCACCUGCUCAGCCUGUCUCCAAGCUUCAGCACCAUGUCGGCAUCAAAUGACAACGCCAGCGGAAAGGUGGACUCCACCGGUAAAACCAAGGAGAAGGAUGAGAUGGUUGGGCUCAAUGACAGGUUUAUUCAGCGGAUUGAAAAGGUAAAGAGACUGGAGGAAGAGAAGAAAAAACUAGAAACUAAGCUGAGGAUCCUCAAGGGACAGGACGACUACAAGGCGGACAUAGAUGGAAUCGUGAGGCAGGUGGAGAACAACCUGCAGCAGAAUAUCGACAACCUGAAGCGCGACGCGGAAAAGCUGAAAGAUGAGCUUGAAGACAUCCAGAAGGAGGUGGACGACACCAAGGACAGUUAUGAGGAUGAAAUAAAAAAGAGAGUUCAGCUGGAGGAAGAGUUUGCCCGUGCCAAAAAGGAAGGAGAUGAAUGCAACAUGCAUUUGGUGAAUGAUGUUCUGGAGCUGGAGAACCUGACAAAAAAACUGGAGUUCCUCAGGGUUGGCUUUGAUGAGGAGAUCAAAGAGCUGCAGUCGAUGAUCAAGAGCGAGACGGUGACCCUUUCCAGCUCCAACACGCGGUCCCUGGACAUGGAUGACUACAUCAAGUCCGUCGAGGCUCAGUAUGCCGAAAUGGCCAAUCGCGCCAGGGAAGAAGCGGAGCUAUGGAACCAAAGAAAAAUUGAUGCCUUGGUUGAGAAUGCAGGACAGAAGGAGCAGGAAGUACGUGAUCUACGGAGAGACAUCUCUGACAUCUUGCGCCAAAUCCAGAGACUUAACGGGGACCUGGAAGGUAUCAAAAGAAAGGAAGAGACCUUGAAAACCAACAUCGAAAAUUCACGAAAAGACGGUGAUGACAACAUGGAGAAGGCUAGAAAGGACAUCAAGGAGCUGGAGGCUUCAUUGAAGUCAAACAAGAAGGAGCUGGCCAACCAGAUCAAAAAAUACCAGGAGCUUUUGAACAUCAAACUGGCCCUCGACAUCGAGAUCACCACCUAUCGCAGGCUGCUGGAGGGUGAAGAGCAGAGAAUGGAGCUCUUUUAACAUUCAGACCGCACUUGCACGCUGACAUUCACCAGCCAGAGAGGGAACAACAGCAAGAAGAAAAACAUCUGCCAGAAAAAAAUAAACACCUAGGUGAGAAACACCUGCAGGAGAAACAACACCUGCAGCUGUCCAAACCACCAUCGUCCCAAUGCCCGGAAAAUUCUGGACCCUUUUGGUCACACAUGAUGUGCUUUCUGGCAGAGUGAGCGUCUGACUGCAGCUUGAUGGCAGGUUGAAUGUGCUUCCUGAAUCUGUGCUUGAAUUGGUUUACAUCAACCAGUUUUUUGGGAAAGGCUUUUCUUAUCUUUGUGGGGAUGUGCAAUUCCUUUGGUGCUCCAAGUGUUUCCUUUCAUAUGCUUAUUUCCUUUCUGACACUGAGGACCUAAACUCAAAGGUUUUACUUCUGUAACAACAAUUUUCAUGAUGGUAGAAGUCAAGUUAACUGUAUCUGUGCAUGUGGGAGUGUUUCCGUUUGCCUGAUUCCUAUCUUACCAGUAUGAGUCAGAAAAUGCAGAUAAAACGAUAUAGAAAGGUUCUCAGACAGGGUCUUGAUAAGUUCAAAAGUAAAGGUUGUUUUUUUUUUUUUGGUUUUUUUUUUUUUUUGGU